AUGAAAGCCGGACCGCUUCUCAUUCAGUGGCACCAUGAGAGCCAGCCGAUCUAUUCGGUCCAUUUCGAUCCUCAUGGUAAAGGGAGGCUAGCUACGGCUGGAAAGCACACUCAACCCGUCAAUGUCGUCCGGUUCUGUCCCAAGGGUGAAAUGCUGGCUUCAGCCGGCGAUGACGGCAACGUCCUUCUUUGGGUGCCCUCCGAAUCUUCCAUGGCCACCUUGACCGAUGAACAUGCCGAUGACAAGGAAACAUGGAGGAUCAAACACAUGUGCAGGACUUCCACCGGAGCGGAAAUUUAUGAUCUGGCAUGGUCGCCAGACGGCCAAUAUUUCAUUACCGGUGGGGUCGACAACACGGCGAGGAUUUUCAAUGCGCAUACCGGAACCAUGAUCCGCCAAAUCGCAGAACACAGUCAUUUCGUGCAAGGCGUGGCUUGGGAUCCCCUCAACGAGUUCGUUGCGACUCAAUCAUCAGACCGAUCGGUCCACAUCUAUGCUCUCAAGCUCAAAGAUGGCACGCCAACACUGUCCACCCACGGCAAGUUCAACAAGAUGGAUCUCCCCGGUCGACGGAUAUCGUCCAACAGCCCGGCACCAGCAGAGUUGACGCACCGUGCCUCGAACUCCAGUGCCAACAACCUUGCCAUUGCGUCUCCCGCGCCCUCCAACCCUGGAACGCCUCUGACAACUCCUCUACCUAUGGAUCCUCCUCUCCUAACAUCAAGCCGGCGGUCAUCUUUCGGCUCGUCGCCUUCGUUCCGGCGAUCUGCUUCACCGGCACCUUCGCUACCGCUCCCAGCCGUUAGACCAGAGAUUUCGUCUCCGAGUCUCAGUGCAGCCAUGGGUCUAGCAGUAAAGAACACGAAUAUCUACCACAACGAAACCAUGACCUCUUUCUUCCGUCGUCUUACGUUCUCACCAGACGGCAGCCUCUUGUUUACACCUGCUGGACACUAUAAGACCAGCUUUCCAAUGGCGUCUGAUCCAAUGAAGACCACGGAUGAUGUGACAAAUACCGUCUACAUCUAUACAAGAGCUGGCUUCAACAAGCCUCCAGUAGCCCACCUUCCUGGGCACAAGAAGCCGUCCGUGGCGGUCAAAUGCUCUCCUAUCCUGUAUACCUUGCGCUCCACCCCGAAACCCACAAAUCACAUCACAAUCGAUACCUCGUCGGCGAGCGAAGAGAUACCUCUCCUGCCAGAUCCUAUAGUUCCGCAGAGCUCAUCAACGAUCAUGGAGCCUCCACCUUUGUCGGCUUCUACUCCUGGUCCUGAUUCGAUGUCUGCCCCUUCACCGAAACCAUCGAUCGAUGGUGAGCCUGCCAGCCCUGCACCCACUCCGGCCUUCUCCCUGCCGUAUCGAAUGAUCUACGCCGUGGCAACGCAAGAUGCAGUGUUUGUUUACGACACGCAGCAAACCACCCCUAUCUGUGUCGUGAGCAAUCUUCACUACGCCACUUUCUCAGAUUUGACCUGGUCAAAUGACGGUCUUACACUACUGAUGUCCUCUACGGAUGGCUUUUGCUCUACUUUGGCGUUCGCACCGGGUGAAUUGGGCCAGGUCUACACCGGGCCCCAUCCAACAUAUAGCCAUCCGGUUGUUACAACCUCGAUACCUUUACCAACAUCUUCUUCAAAUUCAACACCUGUUCCAACACCUACCGCUGCAGCUUCACCUUCGCUGACAAAAGCAUCUCCUGUUCCUGUACCACCAUCACAUCCUUCACCAGCCCCAUUUGUACUCCGUCCUGGAAGUCCGACGAGAUCCAAUUCGCAGUCAUCAAUAGCUACAAUGACGUCGGUCCAAACUUCGGGUCUCCCAAAUAAUGCCACCCCUACCUUGGGACAUGUGCCCCUGGUGACCGCCUCCAAUUCCGGUCCUCCGAUAGCUAUUCCACCGAUGACAACGCCGCCUCAGACUCCUGCAAGUGUUCAUGGUGGUCAACAUUCUGCAACAAGCUCUAUUAGUGGUUCUGUUUUGGGCAAGAGGGACGGCGCAACAAGCGAAAGCGAAAAGGAGGAAACCAAGUCGAAGAGGAGAAGGAUUGCUCCCACUCUUGUUGGUCCGUCAGGCUCGACUGAGAAUGCCAAGGAAGAAGGCAACUAA